GCUAUUAUCUUAAGUCACCAAAGUGAAGUUGUGUACUCUAGCUUCUUCUUCUUCUUGGAUGGCACUACCGUUCCAGUGAAACUUUUGCCUUCUCAACGCAGCAUUACUUGCGUCAUUUUUAUUAGUAGUGCUUGGUUGAGAUUUCUAUGCCGAAUAACACGCCUUGAAUGUACUCUGGAGGGGCAAGCUCUAGAAUACGCGUGACCACAGUGCAAGCCGGAAGAAUUUUCUUUCACGAAAAAUCCCCCGACCAGAACGGGAAUCGAACCCGAACCCCCGGCAUGAUAGUGUGGGACGCUAACCACUCGGCCACGGGAGCACGUACUCUAGCGCCGAAUCGUAAUGAAAAUAUUCGGUGGCGGAGUUGCGCCGUGGCGAAUUUUCGUUCGGCAAUGAAACGAUUGCGAUGAGUUGUGAUGAUAUUGAAAGUGGAAUACAGCUGGAAUCCGACGAAUGCAUGGAAAUUGAGGUAGGUUCAGUUUGUAUUAAUCUAUGACUUCAGUAAAAAUUUUAUUACGACAAAAUUAAUUCAUAAUAAAAAUUGCGCUUUUUUCUGUGUGGCAUUCAUACCCCUGAGUUCACUUUUUAAAAACAUGAAUAGAAACUAUUGCUACAUGUUCUUUAAAUGUAUUAUUAAAAGAGCUUCUGAAUGUUUCCACCAGAACCCAAUGAUAAAUGGGUCUGAAAAGUUGAACGAAUUGGUAUGAAAAUAUGGAGAAAUUUGCGUUAGUGAUACUAAAGCCUAUGAUCAUAACGCGAAAUCCAACAGUCACAUAAUUUCCGUUGUUUCCUAUUAUAAGAAGAGAUGUCGACCAGGAAUAUCAUUUCAUAAUCAAAAGGGAUGAAACACGGUACGUGGAAUGGAUUCAACGGAUAAAAAUUGAAAAUCAUCCGGCUAAGCAGUUUAAAUUUCAGCAUGUCGAUAUUCUACUAAGUAAUUAUCAUCAAUUUUCACGUAUUAUUUUUUUCAGAAACAAAACGUUUAACUAAACUAUUAAUUUGUAUGGCUCGAACCUUGGCGAUGGUAAUUGAGGACAGGUUAAAAACUCUCAAGCCAUUAUUGUUCACCUGUUCAACACAAACGAGCAGCAAUUCAUUUAAUCCUCGACGACCAAACGAUUUUCUCCGGCAGCGAAAUUGAAAAUAUCGACAGAUCAAGAAAUCAUGUCUAUAUAUUUUUUAUCUGCUUCUAUAGAAAUUUCCCACCCUAAUUAAAAUAAACAUUAGAGAAAAUCAAUUUGAGUAUUUUAUGCGUCUGAAUAAACCACAAAAACGUAAACAUCGAUUAAAUUUUCUUCUACGCUUCAUCUGAUUCGCUACUCAAAAGUGUCGUUUGACUGACCGAUGAAAAAACACUUUCGUACGAAAACGAGGAUAGGGCAAUUCGUUCGAACGAACGAUGUUCGAAUGUUCGAACGGAUAGAUUUCUUUCGUACGAAACCAAGGAUACGAAUGAGGCAUUCUUUCGAACGUUUUGUGUUCGUUCGAAAACAAGAAUAAGGGUGUUUAUUUUUUUGGUUCGUUAAGUUAGUGUAUAGAAUAAUAUUAGGUGAUUAAUAGCAGUAAUAGACGAUAAUAUCUACUGUUUGCGCCACGCGGAGCGAGCGCAUACGUGUUGCGACAUGACCUGUCAUUCCAUUGCAUCACCCAGAGACGUGCGAAAGUGAGAUGAAAGCAGUAUCAACACAACAAACGAAUAUCACCCGAGCUAUCCGAGCGAAGCCGACAGGACAAAUACCCCACCAGAGCAGAACAUGAUCCAUUCCACGACGAUCCAUUUCGUUUGGAACACUAAUUUUCCGUACACCAGCCGAAACAAUUUCUAUCCUUUUCAUUCAAUCGCAUCACCGAGAGACGUGCGAAAGUGAGAUGAAAGCAGUAUCAACACAACAAACUAAUAUCACCCGAGCUAACCGAGCGAAGCCGACAGGACAAACACCCCACCAAUUUCAGGGAGUAUAAAAGUAGCAGAGCAGCAUAUGAUCCAUCUUUAUAAGUUUUUAUUCACCACGUGUAUUUAGAAACCAUUAGAGAAAGUUAUAGUGAAAAUUUGGACUUUGAAAACUAGUGUCGUUUUUUCCUACAGUAAAUUUAGUCAGACCCUUUCCAACCGGAGUACUAUAAGGAUUGAGAAAUGUGUACUGUGAAGAUGGCAUCCUCUUAUAAAAUUAAUUUAGAGAUGUGUUUAGAAGCGGUUAACAGUUUAAUUUCAACCAAGUGCCUAGAAUAUGAUUUCAAGUUAAAUUUUAAGAACAUGCAAGUAAUUUUGGAGCGUAUGGGAUUAGAUAAAACGAACUAUCCUAGUAUGAAGGUAAUCAAAAGCCUUCUAAUGAAACAUCGAAAAUCCGUAAAACGGUUUGCUCCUGAGAUUACUUUGCAGAAUUGUUGGGAUGCAGCGAAUGAUUUGAUCGCUAGAGAAGAGUUGGAUGAGCUAUUCGAAUUGAAUUCUAAGAAUCUGAAAGAAAUUCUUGUAGAAAUGGGAUUAAACGAAAAAUGCGCACCUAACUUAAAAAAAGUUAGGAAUAACUUCGCUUGUAAUCCAACAUAUAAGAAGUAUCGUGCAGAACGAAAGGUGAGAACCCUUAUAAUUGUUAUAAGCUUCCUGAAAUUAAUAAAACUAUUUUGAAAUUUUCAAUGUGAAAUCAUUUCCGCAGAAUAUUGAACAUUCAAUUGCCGCUGAAAGUCAUAACAUCGAUAAUUUCAAAGAAUGUUCUUUUGAGAAUGAAAGUGCCUGCUUGCCACAAGACUGCGUUGGAGUUCAUGAACAGCUUUUAUUAAAUAAAACAGAUCAUAUGUCCGAAACAAACUCAUCUCCUUCACGUGUCGAAACAAGAACAUUAUCAUUUGUAUCAUUUGACACAAACGAUUUCGAGGAAUUGGCCGACUCUCAAAGUACUACUUUUGACGGCGUUGAUAAUACGGGAAAAGAUAACGAACAACCUCCAUUCGGAUUUUUAUUGAAAGGAACAGAUUUAUCGCGUGUCGAAAUAAAAUCAUUAUCCGUCGAGUUUCCUGCAAAAGUAUGUAAGAAAGGAAUGGAACUUAAUGCUCCAGAAAUUGAAUGUCGCAUUUUUGAAACAUCAGUAAGUCAAAUGCAAGAGAGAUCAACGAACGACAUGCAAGACUCGAUUGUUUCAUUUGAUACCAAUGAUCUUGAAGGAUCGACCAAAUCACAAGAUACUACUUAUAGCAGUGAUGUAGAUGUAACUGAACUUGUGUUCAAUACAACGGACUUUGAAAACCUACGAAAAGAGAUAAAAGAAAAAGGCAACAGUAACAGGAUCAAAUACAAUGUCAAGGUUGCGGAAUGUGGGGCAACUGCCACAAAAAGACUUUAUAGUGGUGCUUCAAUUUACGAGUGUUCUUUUUACAUCAACAAGAAGAACAUUGAAAUGUGUAAACAUUAUGAUCAACAUAAUAUAAUGCAAAGCAAAACCAAGGUUGGCGAUGCUAAAUAUAAGCAACAAAAGCAUAGAAGGCCUUUUAUAGUGGCCUUAGAAGAUUUGUUAAAAAUCAAAUAUGAAGAAUUCAAUAUCUAUUGUAUAAUCAAUAUAAAUUCUCAUAAUUGCAACAAAUCUGGCUGGCUAUUUUAUGGUGUCUGCGCUCACAAGACCUGCAGAUCUUAUCGUUUCAAAAUUGUUUCUGUUACGGAUGGUGAUAACAUAUAUAAAGUCGAUGUCUAUGUUAAUGUCGCUAUGACCCUGAUACACGGGGAAAACCUGAAAGCGGCAUAUUGCAAAGGAGUAAAAAGAAACAUAAAUAUGAAAAAACUGCAGCUCCAAAAACCACUUGAAUUACGAACUAAGUUGAUCAACGAAAAGAAAAAAAGGGAACCAUUCGAGAAGGUAGACAUUGUCAGCAAAAAUGUAUUGAAAAAAAUUAGCAGUGAAGCUAAAUCGAAGCUUAACAGGGAUAUUGAUGAUUUUCAAGAUUUGAUAAAAAUGUCUGAGGAUAACGGAUCUUAUAUCAAAAAUGUGUUUAGAAAGCCCUUUGGUGUAAUUUGUUUUAAUACAAAAAUGUUCAAAGAGCUGAGAAAAAACAAGACUUACAGUCCUAUUUUCUACAUGGAUGGUACUGGAUCGGUUGUACGAUAUUCAAAAGCUGAGAAGCGUGUUCAAAUAUAUGUUUUGGUCGCAUACAAUUACCGGUCAAAUUUUAGUGUACCCGUAACAACCUUUGUGACUGAAAGCCAAAAAACAGUAGACUUCCACAAUUGGUUGAAUAUAUUUCGUGCUUCGUACGAGUCAGGCAGCUCUAUGAAUAAAUUGAAUAAAAUAGCGAGAAUUGUUAGUGUUGAUUGGAGCUGGUCACUGAUUGGUGGAUUGAUACGGGCUCUUAAUAAUCAACACCAUACACUACCAGAGUAUAUCCGAGAUUGUUAUAAAGUUUGCAUAAGAGAACUCAAUCUCAAUUUCACUAUCAUUCAUUUAUGCUACAGUCAUUUCAUGAAUGUAGUUUCUAAGGACUUGAAAUCUGCUCCAAUCAACAUAAAACAUAAGUUCAUGGACUGUAUGCGAUUGGCUGUACGUGCUACAAACUUAGUGGACUUAAUCGAUCUGUUUAUCAUUAUGACAUGCAUUUUUGGAUCUGCAAAUGAGAACCGAAUGCUUGAGACAUCACUAAAAGAACUAGAUGCAAAAAUUAAUGAUAGAACAAGCUUCGAUUCAGAAAGCGCUGGUAAAUUUGAUUAUACUGGCAUCGGUGAACCAGAAAUUCUAAAAAAAGAUGAGGACAAAAUCUUCUUGGGAUCGCCUUUUUAUGCGUUGUUAAAAGAAACAUUUGAAACAACAUUAAAACAAAUAGAUGAUCUCAGCCAAGGAUCACAGAACCCACUGUAUUUCAAAGGAUUCUUGGAAGAUGUCGCCUUGAAAAAAUACAUGCCUGUGGUUUGUUUGUGGUCAAAUAUAAUAGUAUCUCAAAUUGACUCGAAUCCGGAUACUAUUUCAAACGCAAGGGUUGAAAGCUUCUUCCGAACAUUGAAACACAAUGUUAUGAAAGGUCAGCUCUACGAAAGAAUAACACAUUUUCUUCGAAAACUACAAUCGUAUAUUGAAUCUCUGUUCCACUUUUCCGACUUUGACAUUGAAGAUAUAUACGCUACUGAUAAAGGAAUAAGUAAUGCUAAAAAACGUCAAGAUGAUAGAAUCGCAGAAUAUGACAGAUUUGUCGGAAACGUAGAAGACAUAGAGGACGAAUGGCAUAGUCCAUACUUUCAAAAAGAUGCUUCAACCCACUUGUUCAAGAAGAAAAAGAAGCAGGAAACUAACAGCUUAAACACACAACUUGAACAAUCAACACAGAAGCACCCAGAUUCAAAGGAAAACAGUGAUAACAACAGAAAAAGAUCAUUAGAAGAAGAUUUAGAAACUACCUGUAAUCUGUCCUCUAUUCAUCAAUUCAUUGACAAAGGAUUUGAAUUUCCAGUUACCACCAAAUGGUAUUUCGGUGAGUUUCCUUCAGAAUAUGAGAGCAUAGGAGUAAGUAGUAUGAUUGUAAGCUCAGAAAUGCUUCAAACGCUCGAUGCACAUACAUAUAUGGAUGGAGAAACCUUAGAUGCGAUAAUUGCAGUGGCCAUAAAAGAAUGUGAGGUCGAAAGCGUAAAAUUGGUAUCAACUUACAUGUCGAGAAACUUGUUUGAUACAACUCAACUAAAAGAAGUAUUGGAUAGGAAACGAGAUUAUGUUUUACCAGUUCUAACCAAUACAUCGGGAGUAUGGGUGGUUCCUUUGAAUGUUAGAGCUGGGCAAGCACCCACCAAGCAAGUUGGAAGAGGGAACCAUUGGGUUCUCUUCAUUGCUGAUUUUAUGAAUAGAGAAACUUUUUAUUUAGAUCCUCUCGAAACAGCAUCCCCAUAUUUGAAGGACGUACAAGAAGAAUUUUUGAAGGCAGUAAGCUCUAUUCGGAGACUUAAAAAUCAACCAUUUGAUUCAACCAAUUGGCAAAGCGGCUCGAAAAAUAUUGCGCACGACAAGCAAAACGACGACUACAACUGUGGUGUAUAUGUAGCUAAAUAUGCACAAAACUUUCUUUUGAAGAAACCGUUGACCGGGCUAGGAAACAUGGAUUCUGAGAGGAAACAAAUCAAAAUAAAACUCCUAAAUACAGCAGUAAUAAAAAUUUGUUUAUACUGCAGCAGCUUGAAAUCACUAAUUUUGUCAUGUCAAUCAUGUGGACGGAGGUGUUGCAGUAGAUGCGCCCCAAAUAUGGUGCUAAAAAUUCCAUCUACAAAACAAUGUGAAAUAUGUUCGAAAAUUAAAAUGAUAUAAUUUUUAAGUCUCAUCAAUAAAUUUUUAUAUUACCUUUUAACUUGAAGUAUUUUUAUUUGUCCAGUUUGAGUCCUUUCAGAAACGAGAUAGAAUCCUGUCGUCUAAGUCAAAAAUGAAAAAAUUGUCAUUCCAUCGGCUACAAAAAAUAGUUGCCAUAAACCUCAACCAUUCGCGUGGAUUUUUUUUUAAAUUUUAAAUGGUUCCUAUGAUCAGAUAGGUCAAUUCCAACACUC